CAUCUCGGCACCACCCACAUGCCCAACUGAACCGCUGCUUUUAUUUAUACACCUCCUUGGCCUCUUGCAUCCGUUUGUUUUCCCUCUCUCUCCCCUCUAUAGUGCGAGCUUGUUUACUUGUUGAACCAAGAUCUCCUCCCCAUCUCUCUCAGUAAGUGCUGCGUUCUUCUCUUUUGAUCUUGUGAAACCUCCUAGAUCCAUCUCUUUGUUUCAUUUCUCCCUCGAGGAUUGAUUGAGCACACAUGAAGAGGCCCACCUGCAGAAGUUCCUCAGCAACCACAGAUCAACAAGACAUGGAGCGGCAAGGAGUCGACGUCCACGGCGCCGCGGCGGAGCGCGACGACGUCAUGACCGGAGCGUACGGCGAGGAGGAGGAGGACGACGACGAGGACCAGCUGGACGAGCUCACCGGGGGCCGCGGCGGCCUUGGGGAGAAGAAGCGGCGGCUGGCAGCGGAUCAGGUGCGCGCGCUGGAGCGGAGCUUCGAGGCGGACAACAAGCUGGACCCGGAGCGCAAGGCCCGCAUCGCGCGCGACCUCCGCCUCUACCCGCGCCAGGUAGCCGUCUGGUUCCAGAACCGCCGCGCGCGCUGGAAGACCAAGCAGAUCGAGCGCGACUUCGCCUCCCUCCGCGCGCGCCACGACGCCCUCCGCCUCGAGUGCGACGAGCUCCGCCGCGACAAGGACGCCCUCGCCGCCGAGAUAAGGGAGCUGAGGGAGAAGGCGGAAAAGCAGAUGGCUGUGAAGCUGGAGGCCGCGGAGGAGCUGUUGGGGUCGGCUGCCGCCGCCACCGCCGCUGCUGUCUACAAGGACGGGUCGACGGACAGCGACUCGAGCGCCGUGUUCAACGAGGAGGCGUCGCCGUACUCCGGCGGCGCGGCCUUCGACCACCAACACCUCCACUCGAGCUUCGCAGGGUUCACAUCAUUCUUGGCCUCCUCGAGUUCGCUGAGCUAUUCUUUCCCUUCCUUGUACCACGGGGGUUCGCAUUUGGACCAGGAAGCAGACAGGCUCCUCGGCGCCAGCGCCGCCGCCGACAGUUUCUUCGCGGAGGAGCAUGGCACCGGCCUCGGCAGCUGGUACGGCGGUGAAGGAUGGUAGAGAUGAGCUGUUGGCUGGCUGGAGACUUGGUGUCAGCCACGCUUGUAAAAUUAUGUCGCUGUACAUGCAUCCAUGGGGGGUAACUAUGUGCAGUCAAUUUCUAUAGUUUUUACUGGCUGGGGCACAAUAUCAUGUGGAGGGAGGAGACAGGUUAUUCCAUAUUUCCCGGUGGACUGUUACCUUCCUCUCAACUGUGUUCAUUCUUAAA